AUGGCCAAGCAAAUCCAACCAAAACCCAGCGCACUCGCCACCCUCAUUCCCGAGCUUCAGUGGCUCAUUUUCAAUUGCUUAUCGUUCGAUGAUAAAGUCCUCUUCACCGAGAUCGGGCUAUUUCACCCGGAUCUCUUGACCAGCCACGGCCAGACGAAUACAUACGACCAACACGGCCGAACGCUCCUCCACGUCGCCGCAGAGAAAGGAUGCGUAAGGGCAGCGCAGCACCUCCUCUGUGGCGGCGCCACCCCAUCGGCGAAAAUGGGCCCAGGGGCACGCGAUUUUAAUACAACACCGCUAAUCCUUGCCGCCCAGCAAGAGAACAAGGAACUCGUGAACCUGCUCCUGAGUCAUGGAGCCGACGUUAAUGACUGGGACUACAGCGGCAUAACGGCACUCCACUACGCCGUCAUACGCGGCGACGGACGCAUCGUCCGGAUUCUUCUCGAUAAGGGCGCAAAGCAGACGAACAACUACGACAUCGGUUGCCCCGUCCAUGUCGCGGCUGCAAGCGGGGCCCUGGAGAUACUUCGACUCCUCGUGGCGCACGGAGCGGAUGUCGGCGCCAGCAAGCGAGGCCUGUCGGCGCUCGACAUCGCGCUUCUUAAUGGAAAUAUCGCGGCUGCGCGGAUUCUCGUUGACGCGGGGGCGCCGCUGAACGAUCCCGUCGAGGGCUGGGGCUUGUUCAACCCAACGCUGAUGGUCGCCGGCGGGCCGCAUGCGGCCGAUGCUGCUGAGAUAGUACUUGAUCACAGCAUUGCGAGCAUUGAUUCUGUGGCUCGCCAAAGGGAGGUGGAAGAGUGGUGGAAGCCGCGGCAAAAGGGGGAAUACGCGGAGCUUCUGCAGGCGAUGCUUGUGGCCGGCGCGGACCCGAACCAGACCUUUCGGUCUGCCACGCCGCUGCAUUUGGCUGUUGUUGCUGGGAAUGAGCAUGCGGUGCGGGUUCUGCUUGAGGCUGGGGCGGAUGUUCAUGCGAGAACAGACCGGGCUCUGCAGCGCAAGGAAGAGAGGGAGAGAGUUGGCGGAUCCACCUGCUGUGCCAGUCAAGCCGGGGCGUUUCAGUGCAUCUGGCCUCUGAUUUUCGCCAGCAUCAGCGGAGUGCAAUCCCGUUCCUCAAUUUCGUCUGUUCUCCGACAACCAGGGAAUCUUUGUUGCUUCACUCCUUCUUUAUUCGCUCGUUUCAAGGCGCACGGCGAAAAUGCAUGUUUGCUCUUUGUCGAGCGCAGCGAUGAAACCCGUGCAUCCGCUCAGAGCCGCGGGCCUGGGUGCCAGGAUUCUAGCACUCAUCUCCCUGCUCCCAUUCCUAUUCCUAUGCGCCGUGGCGCAGGGAGUUGGAGAGCCCGGCGGAACGUGCUCAGAUUCCGUCCCAUGUACCAGGGCUGCUGCAGUAAGGACUACUCAAGCGGCUUUACGCCGGAACACUGUGAUACUGGCCGCAUAAGCGACUGCAACGCAACGGCAGAGUACGGGCAGCUCUGUGCCCCCACGAGUUCCGAUACUGAGGUGUCACCUCGGAUUUUUGCGGCGAUGGCUGUCAAAAGAACUCCAACGGCGUUGGACGUGGCCAGCCAGAGCGCCAUGUCCUUCAAGCGGCGCAUUGGGUACUAUGAGCUGUUCAACUACUACAAGGGUUGCAACGUGAUCGAGCCCGAGAGUCUCAUCAUCGAGCCAUUUACUCACAUAAAUCUGGCGUUUGUAAACCUUGGCGACGACUACACGUUGAUCGACGAAUAUGGCAAUAUCGCCGACUGCGUCUUGUUCCUCAAGUUCUCCAACCCUGGUCUGCGCGUGAAUAUCGCUGUUGGAGGAUGGGUAUUUAGUGACGCCCCGACGCAGCACCUGUGGACGCAAAUGGCUCGCUCGCACGAGAAACAACAGACAUUCAUCAACUCUGUUGUAAAGUACCCCCAGGACUACCCCAGGGGGUGUAGGGCAUCUGCACAGUGGCAAGAGGUUAUGAAUCGGUUGUGGCAACAGUCAGAGAAGCCCCUAUCACCUGAGAAUUUCCCCGGACGCAUGAAUCGCAAUGACGACAUGCGUCUAGAAGCCAGGAAUCGCGAGAUCAAGAGAACGCCCUUCACAUACUACUCCCGCCACAACCACCCAGCAUGUCAAACCCGAAUCCACCAAUGGAAAAAGGAAAAGAAGGUGGAUGAAAGAGAGGAAGGGGAUAAGACCACAAACUACCCAGCCGCGAAGUCACAGUCUCCAAAGCACUAAGCUUACUCCUACAACACGCCGCGAGGGUCUCAAUAUCAAUUCGCAGGGGAAUGCGAAUGUCACGGAUGUAGUAUAUCUGGACCUUACUCAAGUCAAAACAUCAUGAGUUAGGAGCGGAGGGAAUAGAAGGUAUAAUUGGACAUGCCAACUGACAAGAUGUUUCCAGCUCGCAUGGCAAAAAACUGAAAUCACUCAGGGCCACAUUCCCCAGAAUCAUAAGUACUGUCAAGAUGUCAGAUAAGAAGCAGUUUGCGCUGCUAUACCAUCUUCCCUCUGAACAGACUGAUACAUUACCAACAAAGAUUGAGAAACCAG